GAGGCAGAAAUGCCUUGCUUGACGACAUUCAAAAAGGAAAAAGGUUGAAAAAGGCCAUUACAAACGAUCGAUCUUCUCCUAUUAUAGAGGGGAGCGCAUUGGUUGGUUUAUCAAAUAAAGGUCGAGCUCGUUCGUCAAGUACGUCUGGAGGGUCUGGCGUUAAAACCGCUGCAGCGCCUCCUGCUCUAGGUGGUUUGUUUGCGGGUGGUAUGCCAAAAUUGAAAAACCGUGGCGGCAUUGAUACUGGAAGAGAUAAUAAUAAUCUUGCAGCACCACCUCCUUUACCGGGUGGUCGUCCAAGAGCUCCAAGUGAUGGAAAACAAGUAUCUGUCGCUGUACAGCAAUCAAAAGGUGAAGCUCAGUUUUCAUUUAGAAACACGAUACAAAAAAGCAUCGGUAAACCUAUAAAUUCAGAAACGACAACACCACCUUCUCUGCCAAAUCGAACAACACCUAAUGUACCACCAUUGCCUACACGCGCAAAAACGAAUGCGGUACCACCACAAAUACCAAAUCGUACACAAAUAUCCAAUUCAACUUCAUCGAUCCCGCCUUUACCUUCACGGAAUACAAAAAGUGCUACCCCUCCACCACCCGCUGUAAAAAAAGUACCACCACCAACACCGAAUAAACCAUCAUCACUUACAAGUAGUAGAUCGGCACCACAACCUCCAAGCCGAUCCGUGUCUACUAUGCAACAAUCACAUUCGCCUUCACUUCAACCACCUCAGCCACCUCGUGCUCGUUCUCCUGGAUUUGCUAAAUCUAUACCAUCACAAAAAGAACCACCAACUACAGAGGGACGUUGGACAUUUCAUCCUUCGUCCGACUUUCCAAACCCGCGGCCUAUUAUAAAAUCAAUUAGAGAAUAUCCUUCUGGAGCUUCAAGUGGAACGAUUCCACUGGAUUUGUCAUCUUUAACGCUACAAGGAACUCCACAACGUGCGCCGCCCCCUCCACCAAUGGGAAGAGCUAUUGGGAGGCGGUGA